UAAAAAUCUCAUCAGGUGUGUCUAAGACGAGAUGGGUGGAGAAGAAUGUGACACAGAAGAGGAAAUAGAUGAAGAUGAAAUUGUAGUUGCAAGUGAGGAUGUGAUAAAGUGCAUAGAUGAUGAUGAUAACGAUGAAAGUAAUAGCCGGCCAAAUUCAAACAAAAUAACUAGUACUAUCCCUCCCAAUUUAGGCCAAGUUAUUUUUAUGAAUGAUAGUAUAGAGCGAGAACUUAAUGAUACUUAUGGUGAUUCAUUGGAACUCUUGCAAGAUGAAAAUGACAGCUAUGCAGUAAUAGGGUCUGCAUCGCCAGAAAAAAAGUCAAUACUGAUGAUUACAAGGUCAGUGUUAAGGUUUUAUGGAAAUAAAAUAUUGUGAAACGCUUCGAAAUCAAAAGGGUUUCACCUUACAUCGAGCAUCUCUAUGCAGGAACUGAAAGUGGAUGGGUACACAUUUGGGAUUUGAUUGCCUACGAUGACGGACAGAUGUGUUUGUGGGACAUCAGGUCAAAGAAGAUUCUUAAAUUGAAAAAAAAUAGAGGCAGCAUUCAAGUCAAGCGGAAAGCAUUUCUUACCACCAUACUGGUCACUAGGUUUUCAUCUUUGUAAAUAUGGUUAUGAAACUUUAGAAAAGACUAAAGCCGUUUGGCAGAGAACAAGAGAUGCCUUA